AUGUACGUAUGCGCCCUCUUGUUGCCAAUCCAUCAGGUGGAGGAGUGCAUUUCCUCCAAGAAACCGGCCUCCCUGAAGGACCCGAGCAUGGACGCCCCAGAUGAUGCUGUGGAAGACUGCAUCUCAUCCAACCAUCCAGCCCGCCUCAAGGAUCUCGGCAUGGACGCCCCGGAUGAUGCUGUGCUGCGCGUGGAAGACUGCAUCUCAUCCAACCAUCCAGCCCGCCUCAAGGAUCUCGGCAUGGACGCCCCAGAUGAUGCUGUGCUGCGCCUGGCCCAGCUUGCACUCUCCUGCACCAUCGAGCGCACUGCAAGCCGGCCCAGCAUGGCAGACAUUGCCAACGAGCUGCAGGGAAUCGGGCACGAGGUGGUGGGGGAGGAGGAGCUGAGUGCGGCGGUCAAGGUGGAUGAGGAAGCAGCGGAAAUGGGGAUUGGGAUGUCGUUUCGGGGUAACUUGAAUACUGACCUGGAGGCUAUUGAGAGGAUGGGUGAAGAAGAGUCCAAUGGGGAGCAAUCAGCCAAGUCUAUUUAG